AGGCAGGCCGGGCAGAGAGAGAAGGGAACAUGGGUGCCGGCUGACGUCCUGGUGAGGUGGAAGGAGCCGGCCGAGAUGUCUGGAACGGACUCGGAGCUGGAGAGGGGCCUGCACGCCAUUGUGGACAGCUUCUACAGAUACGCCAAGGGCCCGCCCGGGCAGCAGGCGCUGGACCAGGCGGCUUUCCAGAAGUUACUCAGAAAUGAACUGAGCCAUCAGCUGUCGGAUGUGCAGAGCACAGAGGCAGCGAAGACCCUGAUGCAGAAGCUGGAUGCGGACAAGAAUCAGCUCAUCUCCUUUGCUGAGUACUGGGAGCUAGUCGCCUACCUCUGCCAAACCAUCCAGCGUUACCGCUAUGGCAAGUAGUGCCCAGCGGCCAGUGGGGAAACCGAGGCAGGCUCCCUCCCUCCUUCACCUCCCGACCUUAAAGCAAACCUCUCCCGCUCUCUUGGUGAU